CAGAGCCAGAGCCAGAGCCAGAGCCAGAGCCAGAGCCAGAGCCAGAGCCAAAGCCAGAGCAAGAGCAGUCAAUCCAGUACAAUGUCAUCUAAUGAAGAAGAAAUGUGCCUCCAGGAAAUCCAUAGAAAAUCCGAAAAAGCCAAAGCUAUAAUGAGAGGAGGUCAAGUAGAUCAACACAAAUACAGCUCAAGUGAUGACGAUAGUGAUGAAGUUAUCCCUUCGUCGCCGAUUGGAAAGAAGAGGAGCAUCUUUCCUAAGCGCGCGCUAGCCGAUAUUCACAACGACACUCCAAAGGUUAUCAAGAAGAGAACAACUGGGGGAUUGGCAGGAGAAUAAUCUUCACCGACACUAUGGAAAGCAACUGCAGUAGACAAUAGCAAGGAAAAGGAUGACUUAUCAACGUCGAGCCCAGCAGAGGAGAUAGAAGACAAAGACUACGAGCCAGAUGGAGAAGAUGAGGAUGAAGACGAAGAUAAUGAAGGUUGUGGUAAUGAUGAUGAGGAUAAUGAUAUCGAUGUUACGGAUGAAGAAGAUGAAUUGAUGAUGAAGGCAGAAACGCUGAUGAAAGAUGAUGAAGGCAGAAACGAUGACACAGAUAAGAUAUUGGACGCAUUUUUACAAUGGCUUCAAGGUAUCGAUGGAGGUAGAAGAGAGUUGCGUACCGCUAAGCAAUAUGUUGCUCAGGUUCACGCAAUCAUCAAGGAUGUAGAUCCAGAUGAGCUGCGCAUCGACAGCAUCCUGAAUAAGAAGCAUCUUCGAGACAAAUGGUUACAGAAAUUGGAACGUAAUAGGAAGCCAGGGACCUGCAAGGCAUAUUUAGGUUCAUUAUCAAGAUUUAUCCGUUUCCUUGUUGUGGAAAAGUUAGAAGACCUAAAGCUAACAGAAGAGCAUGUGACGAAGGUCAGAGUGCAAGUCCAAGAGUGGUCGGCUUCUUUUAAGAAGCCGUUCAAAGAAAGAAGAUGGGAGAAGCAUCAAGAAGACCUAGAGAAACUCAUAACCCCGGAGGACGUCCAGAAGUUUUCAAAGUCGGCUUCAGUAAGAGCGGCAAUCUCGACACUGGGAAGAUACAUGGAAAAGGAAGGGUCCCCGGGUCAGACAGACUUUUGUACUAUCAGAGACCAUCUCAUCACUCGCCUAUGCAUCGAGAAUGCAUGUAGAGCUGGCCCGAUCGCAAAUAUGACUUUGCGGGAUCUAGAUAGAGCCACGAAAGACGGCGAUGAAAUGAUUGUCACCAUUUUGAAGCGCAAGACAUCUGCCUCGGCAGGCCCAGCCCAUGUAGUGCUAAGUCCCACAGUCUUCACCUGGCUAAAGGCGUAUGUAAAAUACAUGAGAAACAAGGUCAGCGGAGCAGGAACAGAUCCCGAUGAGAAGGUUUUCAUCAGCUUCACAGCGAGUGAGAUGACAUCAUUUAUGAUAUCUGCUCAACUUAAUUCCUUGUGGCAAAAGGCUGUCGAGAAUAUUAGAGUAAAUGCAGCUUCAUUCCGUAAAGCAGCUGUUUCCGUGGUCCACGAAGAGCACCAACAUCUGAGGAAGGACCUAGCCGACCUCAUGGGACACAAUCAAAAGACCGCCGAAAAAUUCUCGUUAAGCAGAAGUCUAAGUCGGCUGCAAAACCCUUCUUUUCUCAGAAAUAUCAUGUAUGCGGAAGGGGCAUCACAUGUAGAAGCAAGUGAAGCCCUGUCUGUGAAGAAUGGGGAAGCAGAAAAGUCUGGUCGUCACCACUGGACAGAGAAAGAAGAGGAGGCUAUCCAAAUGGUAUUUAAGGGUGCCAUUGAAGAAUGCAAGCUUCGGUUAGAUGCCGUGAAGCAAGAAAUACCCAAGCACCCCCCUUCUGGCGCAUAUCGACGCCUUGAAGGUUUACGAUAAAGUAAGGAGAUUGAUGAAGAAAGAAAAUACACAAGCGAGCCCUUGCCUCCCCACAGAGAAAAUGACCCAACAAGAGAAGAUGGAAAGAAUGUUGGGUCGGGAAGAUGCUGAAGAAUCAUGCCUCAAGAGUAAGGGGUCUCAAGUAUUUACAGAUUCGCAGUCUAAUCUCUGUCUGCGACUGUUUCAUGAUCUCCUACACAACAAUGACAGGAUCGAGAGAAAAGCCUUGAUGGAACGAGUCAUGAGAGAUGACGAGGCCAAGAAAGAGUUGUCUGCGUUUACUCCACAACAACUUGCUGACAAGGUGCGUGCAGAGCGCAACAAAGCUAAGAAGUCAAAGUAGUAGAAACAAUCUAAUGACCACUCCAGGCAUUUUCAGCCGUUUUCAGCCAUUUUCGCGUUUGUAGUAAGUUCAGUUGUUAAAAAUGUUUGCGCAAGAGGAUUCGAAGGAUUCACUAAAAUUGUUGUUAAUGACUUGUUUGUUCAUACGGAACACAGAGACAUUAUUAUACUUAAAUGUAUAUAAAGAGGCGUUGUUAUACUUGAAUGUAUACACAGAGACGUUAUUAUACUUAAAUGUAUACACAGAGACGUUAUUAUACUUAAAUGUAUACACAGAGACGUUAUUAUACUUAAAUGUAUACACAGAGACGUUAUGAGCAGCAACAGCAAGCGACAUUAUUAAUAAAGCUGCCCUGUAAAGCUGUAGUAUGUUUCUAUGAGUACACCCAUCUCUGAGCACUCUCAAUCCAUGUGUAGUUUGAGGAAAGACGAAUAGUAGAUUAUGAUUUAAGGCCAGUUUGAGUUAUCCGCUUUCCUAGAGGCUGCUAAAAAUUGCAAAAGUCAAGGAAAUAGCGAAAACCUUAUUCUGAUACAGCACACGAAUGAUGCAUUUUACCCAGUCUCCAAGAAUCGUCAUAUCUCAGUCAUUUUAAUUCAAAGAGCUAUUAAACUCAGGAAAAGCAAAUACGAAUAGCAUCUGAUGAUUCUUGUUAGGCUUGCUUGUGUUAUACGUCUUUCAAGAGGCUGCAAAGAAGCUGCAAAUAUCGAAACAAUAUAGCGGGGAAUUCAAAAUGUGCCUAUUAUCCUUGGAGAUUUGACCAAAAAACUGAAACACAGAAAAUGAAAAUACUAACAAGUACUCUCUGAAUCGAAUGGUUGUCUAUCCCUGCUUCAGUUUUUAGUUGUUUCACCAUGAUUUUAAACAUAAAUAAACCUAAUUUUUCUGAUAAUUGUUACACUAAAAGAGACAUGAUUUUCGCGGUCGUUCCUUUUCGUAACCUGACAUAUAUUUCAAUAAAAUAUUAUUGUGAUCUCACAUAUAUAUUUCUUUGCUAUAAACAGACCUAUAAAACAUUAUCAAACCUAGAAUUGCAUAGAAAUAAAAAUCUUUUUAAAUAAAAUACUUUUUUAUCCUGCACUAGUUAUAGCACCCCAAAAUGUUCCUUUUUGUAACAUUUAAGCAUUUUCAGCGGGUCAAGGAAAAAAAUCAAAAAAGCAAUUUCUUCUACGUUCUUGCUUUACUUCUUGGAUAUGUUCCCCACCAAUAUUUGAUCUCUUUUAUACAUGCAUAAGCAAAAAGAUCCACCGCUUCAUUGGGUAUUUAUUUCAAAUCUCUCGGGCCGGAUAGAAAGUGCCAAAAUUUGAGUAUUUUUGGAUUCGCCUCUGAGGCCAAUUUCGCUCGAGUUUUCUUUAUAAAUCAUUUAUAUUUAGGUGAAAUGUAACCAAGUUUUGAGAGAAUCUUCCUUAACUAUCCUUCUAUGCGUACAACGAGUUGAGGGGCCUCAAGCGGAAGAACUCGAUCGAUUUUACGCUUUUUUGUGAGGUGACUUUAAGUGCGUUAAAUUUGAAUCUUAUGAUUGGCACGGGUCCCCAUAAAGUCCAUUGAUCUGAGCACGGUCUUGAAGCCUCGAAAAUUCUACGCAAAUCAAAGCAGGUUAGGAAGCUAGGAGGGGUAUGCUAAAGUCCAGAUAGAUGAUAUAUCCCGAUGAUACAGCGUGAUUUCGGUUUUUCUGUAUUUUUGUUGGCUGAAACCUAAAGGGUGUUCCUUUUUGUAACAUUUUGCUCUUUAACUUUAAAUAUCAUCGCCAAUUUUUAAGUUGGGUUUAUUUAGUUUUCACCAUCCAAUAUCUGCUUAAAAAUCUUCCUAUAGAUAUAUUCGCUAUGAUUUAAUGAUGUUCCUGAUUGAAAAGGGGUGAAGUUGAAAAAAUGUUACGAAAGGGAACCACGAUGAAUCUGUGAAUGAAUGAAUGAAUGAAUGAAUGAAUGAAUGAAUGAAUGAAUGAAUGAAUGAAUAGAUUCAUGGGCCUUUUUGUAACCGAGUCGUGUUCCUUUUUGUAACUUUGUUCCUUUUUGUAACCAAGGUUUGGUUACGAAAGGGAACAGUGCUCCUUUUUGUAACAUAGGCCAAGUUACAAAAAGGAGCAUAUGUUCCUUUUUGUAACCAUGUGCUCCCUUUUGUAACAUUUGUGAUCCUUUUUGUAACCUAAGCCAAGUUACAAAAAGGAGCACAUGUUCCCUUUCGUAACUUUGGGUGUUCCUUUUGGUAACCUUAGAAAAUAGGGCUAAAUUCAGAAACUGAAUUCUACAGUAAAUAUCCAAACCCUAUUUAAACGACAAAUAAAACGUUUUAUUCUUAUCUCCUACAUUGUAUGAGUACAUUUUAGUGUAACAAUAAGUUGUAGAAUAAGAUUGAUAAUGUCGGUGCUCCAUCAUUUAUAUCAUCAAUAAUACGCAGCCAGUGACAUCCUUGCUUCUAUUUCAUUCCCUGAAUUUGUUUUUAUUUAAUGAUAUACAUCGAUACACAUUUUUGUCGAUUCAUGAGCGUUUUAAACACUAAAAUAUUAAGGUUUACAUCCCACAUUGAGAGGAGUAUGCAAGGCUCAAUCGAUAACGUCUUUCCCUCAUUUUGAAGUCCACACGACGGUUAGAGGUAAUUUCCGCGUUUGCUUUCUUUAUGGUGCCCCAACACCAUGCGGAUGAAUUGCUCUGGAUAUUUGUAUGGGAGCCCCCCUUAGCUCCCUUGAAUAUCCAUUAACACUUGUGAGGGGCAAUAGGGCGAUUUAGGCCCUAAAAAGGGACGCCUGUUGCGCAGGUUAUGAUUACCAUGCUCUGUUUCUAUCAUAAGAUGGCUAGCUGUGACCCAGUCAAAAUGAAGAAAUCAUAUAAAAGACAGAAACAUCGCUGUCCAGUGCCUGCCUGUCAGAAAGAGGUGAUUCACCUCCCUCGCCAUUUGAUAACAGUGCACAAAUGGAGCCGCGAAAAGGCAUUAGAGGCACUGUCUGUGUUCGACCUUAGGGCAAAAAGAACGAAGUCAGAGGCUGUCCCAGAGCAAAGAGCCAAGCGGACCUACAAACGUCGGGUUUGUUCGUUCCCAGGGUGCAACCUGAUCGUGCGAAGGUUGCACAACCACCUGAAUGCAAAACAUAAGUUAAGUCGACACGACGAGAUAUACAAACAGCUAUUGAAAGAAUCGCGAUGGGAAGAGAUAGGCGAAGAUUUCCAGGAAGAGUGUGUAGUAGAGAUCUCCUCUGACACCGAGUCCGAGCAAGAGCCCGAUCCCCAAAGCCAGAGCCAAAGCAAGGGCAAGGGCAAGGGCAAGGGCAAGGGCAAGGUCCAAGGCCAGGGCCAGAGCCAGAGCCAGAGCCAGAGCCAAAGCCAGAGCAAGAGCAGUCAAUCCAGUACAAUGUCAUCUAAUGAAGAAGAAAUGUGCCUCCAGGAAAUCCAUAGAAAAUCCGAAAAA